UCAUUCUAUCUAAUCACUAUCAAGAGAUAUCACUGACAUAUACCUUCUAACUCAAGUGACGAGCGCACGCUACAUCGCGUUGCGUUUUUCACGUAUUGUUUUCUCAUUUCAGUGAUAAUUUUUAAAUGACAUUGAUACAGCGGAUUUAAUCAACCAUGUUGGCGGCCUCUCUCAACACGCUCACGCCGCGGCUGAGGUUCAACUUUUCGAAGCCGGUCAUCGACAAUGUAGUCUUCAAGCUACACUAUAAGCUCACCGUCACGUUCUUGCUGGCAUUCGUGAUCCUGGUUUGCUCCAGAGAAUAUUUCGGAGACCAUAUUAAGUGCAUAUCAGAUCAGGGUGUGCCGGAUCAUGUUAUACAGACGUAUUGUUUUUUCAUGGCUACUUUUACUAUCGUUCGUCACUAUAAUGAGAGCCUGCUCGAAGGCGGGUUCCUACCUCAUCCAGGCGUUGGGCCUGUCUCUUCUUCAGAUGAAACAUUACACCACACGUACUACCAAUGGGUUCCAUUCGUGCUCUUCAUACAAUCAGUGUGCUUCUACAUGCCUCACUAUGUGUGGAAGAAGAAAGAAGGUGGAAGAAUCAAAGCGUUGGUCGAUGGUUUACAAUAUGCUGGACUCGCCUUAGCUAGUGACGAUAUGAAGGUUGGAGCGGUGAUGGUACCAUCCAAACAGACUUUGGAAAGUCAAAUUGAAAAUGUUAAGAAAGACAUUGUUAUGAGAUUACGAGUAACCAGGACCUGGUCAACGUGGCUCGUUGCAAUGGAGAUUACAAACCUAGUCCACCUGAUGUUUCAGAUUUGGAUGAUAAAUAUUUUUCUCAACGGACAAUUUAUAAACUUAGGGUCCAGUGUUCUCAACUACAAUAACUGGCAGGACAUAUUGGAUCCGUUAGAAACAAUAUUUCCUAAGGUAACCAAGUGCACCUUUCAUAAGUACGGUCCAAGCGGUUCCAUUCAGCAGCACGAUGCUCUCUGCGUCAUGGCUCUCAACGUCAUCAACGAGAAGAUCUACGUCAUCCUCUGGUUCUGGUUCCUAUUCCUCUUCAUUGUUUCUGCUCUCGCUGUAAUUUGGCGCUUCUGUUCCUUCUUCUUGUACCGACGCUCUCUCAAGUUCAACGAGAUGGUCUUCCGUCAUGCCUCCCACAAGACCUUCAAUCCAUACAACGUGAUUCAAGUAGUGAACGGUUGUAACUAUGGAGACUGGCUGUUCUUGUAUUACCUGGCGAAGAACAUGAAAGGAAUUGUUUUCCAGCAACUGUUUGAACGGUUAGCUGAGGAACUUCAGAAACGAGAUAUGCCGUUCGACCAAGACGGACAUGAAGAAAAGGGAGCCGAGCCAGUGCUACUAGGAAAAGUUGAUUACACUGAUGAGACUCUGCCUCUGAAAGAUGAUAUUAAGAAGUAUUCGUAAGAGACUAAGAGUUACGUUAAGAGGAAGCUACGAAGGUUCCAAACUGUGAUAGCAAUACGCUAACAAAUAUUUGAAUACUUUUCUAGAUUACGAUCUAAAUGCUCAAAUUAUACUCUUAUAAAUGAUUAUUUUUAUGAUAUAAUAUUAGCGCGUGCUCAGUCUGCUGGACGGCUCAAAUGUAUAAACAAUAUCGUCAGUCACUUAGUCAGUAUUUCACAUUUAUGAAAGGUACUUUUGUCAGAGAAUUCAAUAUAGAGACAGGUAAUUUAGUCGCACUAUACGAAGCAUUAUUUUUAUUGAAUAAACGCUCACGUUUAAGACAUGAAUGUCUCGAGAUGCGGUCGUAUAGUCCACUGAGGAGUAUAUCGAUCUGUUCUGUGACAUUCAUGAAACACCACUUGCGGUAAUUGCGGUCGAAGCGAAACAAACAAUUUUUUAUUUAAGAUUUUGCCUGUUCCUAAAGAACGGGGAAUAUUAUUGCGUCAAUGCCAAAUCACAGAUUAUUAUUUUGACUAAGUCAUAACCAAUUACUAAAAUACGAUAUAUUUAAAUGUUAUGUAAGCUAUUAUUAAUAAUGUUAUAAUAAAAUAUUAUAAUGUUUUAUAA